GAAUCUUUCAAACUUUUUCAAACAUCACUGCUGUCAUUUCGCAUUGUGCUUUCAUAGUGGAGAGUAGUGUUUUGAAAGCGUGAAUCCAUUCUCAGACUGUAAAAAUUGUGAAAAUCCAUUAAUUUGUAAUUGAAAUAGACGCGAACAAACGGAACCAAAUUUUCAAUGGGUAAACGGAGAAAUCAACCAUUGGAUUCAGACAGCAGUGAAGAUGGAUCGGAUCUGGACUCGGAAUUCCUAUCGCUGGCCAAGAAAAAGAAGAAAACCGCAUCAGAACGUCAACAGUCAUCUUCGCCACGGAAAUAUUCUGGCUCAGAAUCUGACUGGGACAAAGAUGAGGCCAGUCCAGUUCGUAAGAAGAAGCGCACCAAGAAGUUUUCACGUAGCUCUUCAGAAGAAUCACAAUCCGAUGACGAGCCAGCACAGACAUCCGCAAAGCCUGCUACGGCAACUGUACCCGAAGACGACAAGUCCGACAAAUCUGAGCUGGAAGAGGGACAGGUAGCGACCGACAGCGAUUCGGAUAGCUGGGAUUCCGAAUUCAACGACGGCUACGAUGAAAAUCUAAUGGGAGACGAAAGCGAUCGGGUCAGACUGGAAGGUCUGUCGGAAAAAGAGCGUGAGACGGAAAUUUUCAAGCGAAUCGAACGACGCGAUGAAAUGAAAACGCGAUGGGAAAUUGAAAGGAAGCUGCGCCACAUUAAACGCGGUGGUAAAGAGAAGGUACUGACACCGAAAGAACAAAAAUUGAAGGAGGAACAAAAGAAGAAAAAGAAAGAAAGGGCACGACUCGAAGCGGCUGCAGCUAUGACCAUUGAAAAACCAGUUGUGAAAGAGGUAGUACCUUCAGUAUCGAAACCAAUUGCAACUGAAAAGAAGAAUGACGAUGCCGAGGAGAAUUGGGACAGUGAACCAGAGUAUUUCGAUCCGAAGGAGCGAUCAAAAGAACGCAAAAAGAAUGUUGAAAUGAAUAAAACGGACGACAAAAGAAGCAACGCAAUGGCUGCGUUGAAGGCGAAACGAGAAGGAAAACAAAAGCGAGAGGAAGAAGAAGCGAAACGACAGGCUGAAAAGGAUCUACAACUAGACAAAGAAGAAAUCGACGGAGUGUCCAGUGGCGGAAAAUCGUCGAUAAAACUUAAAGCGUCCGAUAUCUAUUCAGAUGAUUCGGGCAGUGACAGUGAUGACAAACGUUCAGGCAGGCGUUCCAGCAGUAGUAGUCGUUCAUCUGGCAGCGAUUCGGAGGAGGAUAAGAAAACAACCACAUCAUCGAAACGGCCGGUGUUCAUUACAACGAAAGAGGAAUUGAACAAAAUUCGCCUGUCUCGUUACAAAAUGGAACGCUUCGUGUCGAUGCCAUUUUUCGAUCGCAUCGUGGCCAACUGCUUCGUUCGGAUUAGCAUUGGCAACAACAACCAGAAACCGGUCUACAGAGUCGCCGAAGUGGUUGGUGUCGUUGAAACGGCGAAAAUUUACAAUUUAGGAAAAUGUCGAACAAACAAAGGAUUGAGAUUGAAGCACGGCACGCAAGAGAGAGUGUUCCGAUUGGAGUUCAUUUCGAAUUCCGACUUUACGGACACUGAAUUUGAAGCAUGGAAAAAAGUGUGCCAAAGCGCUGACGUUGACCUGCCCACACUCGAAUUAGUUGACCGAAAAGUGAAAGAUAUCAAGGAGGCGGUCGUCUACGAAUUCAAGGACGAGGAUGUGCACAAAAUUAUCGAAGAGAAGAAUCGCUUCCGCAAACAUCCAACCAACUAUGCAAUGAAAAAAACCUGUUUGAUGAAGGAACGCGACGCUGCACUGUUACGCGGCGACGAUGAGGUGGCCGCCGAAUUGAGUGUAGAAAUUAAGGAACUGGAAGAGCGUGCCAACGAAUUGGACAAACGUCGAUCGAGUUCAAUCAGUCUGAUUUCGUACAUCAACGAUCGAAAUCGCAAGCGGAACGUGUUGGAAGCGGAAAAGGCAAUCAUGGAAGAGGUGCGUGCAUCGAAGGGCCAGAGAGCCGACGAUCCAUUUACGAGACGUUGCACAAAACCGACAAUGAUGUUCCGUGCAAAGGAACCGUACGAAGAACUGACUCCAAUGAUUCCGGCUCCACCGCCUCCCGGCCGCAAGCGAAACGAAGACGAUCGCAAAAUGGUUGGUCCGGCCGACAAUAAUUUGUAUUCGUUGCACGAUUUUGAAAUCGAUUUGGAUGUGUCGUUGCCACCAGUGAAUGCUGUCAAUGUACUUCCAAAGCCUGUCGUCAAAGCGAGCGAAACAGCACCGAAGCGGUCGUUAAAUCUGCAAGACUACAAGAAGAAGCGUGGAUUGAUAUAGUGAGAUCGUGGUUGCGGAUGGGAUCCAGUGGUCCCGUUACACACCAUCAUUAUGUGUAUUUUAUUUUUCUUUUUUAAAUUUUAUUUACGAUCUCCAACUUCUUCAACGAUAGUAUAAUAAAGCUGAGGUGAACCAAUCGUUACGAUUUCGACACUAGGAAAUCCUAACGCCAUUUUGCAUCGUCGACCGAUUGUACUCUUCAGCUACUCUCCACAUGCAAAAUAUUAGUAGUGCGAUUAUGCAAGCUGUGUAUAUAUUACGGAUAAUAAUUGUUGCAGAGAAAAUAAAUUAUAAAAACAAAAGGA